GAUUUUCGUUUGUUAGUUACACUGUGUAUCUUGAAGGAGAGGCUGGUUUCUACUGGUGAGCAACUGGUUGUACCAGCCACGCCAUGGUGAGAAGGCUUUGGUUUUGAAUAGGUGUGUACUCCAAGCAGUGCUCAGACACGGAUGUUUGCUAAAGGAUAACUGUCCCUCUGGUGUGCCACCAUUGAUUGGAUGGGACAGUUGCAUAAAACACCUCAGAACAGACCAGUGUCCAUUCUCCAAGAGAGCCCUGAGGCUGUUCCUGUUCAGAAGAAAGACGGACAACGGCAGCAACAUGUCUCAGCUAGAAACUGCAAUGGGAAUGACCAUUGCUGUCUUUGACAAUUAUGCAAAGACUGAUGGCAACAGGCAAACCCUCAGCAAAGCAGAACUGAAGACCCUCCUGGAAAAAGAGCUCCCAAAUUUCCUUGCGUCGGGGAAGGACAAGGAUGCCAUUGAUAAAGUCUUUAAGAACCUGGAUGAAAAUGGUGAUUCCCAAGUGGACUUCAAAGAAUUUGUCAUCUUUGUGGCAGCUCUGACUUGCUGCUGUCACAAAUAUUUUGAGCAGAAAGCCAAAUAAUUGUCAAACUGCUAUCAAAAAGCUGUCUUUGUCUGUGUUCCAUAUGCUAGUGGUAUGGAUCCCUUCACUUCUUCCAAGUACCACUAGUUUACAAGCA